AAGAGACUCUGAGGUGCGGACUUGAGAUCAUGCAGCGAUCAUGAGCAUAUCAGCCCCUCCCCUCCCCUUCUUCUCAGCUGCUCGUUGAGUGGCAGCAGCCAAUCAGAGCUGACUAGUCCUGCAGCAGAAAAAACAGUGUAAAGGCCCAGGAGGAGAAGAAAAGCGUUUUGGAGCAGAUAAGAGUUUAGUUAAUAGUACCAGUUAUGAAUCAGUUUAUUUUCCGUGGACUUUCUGUGUGCGUGAAUGUAAAAAAACCACACACAUUCGCCUAAUAAAUGGUAAAGGAAGUUCUGCCUCCUCUGUGUCUGAUCAACACCCCUUGGCGACGGCUACCACACCUGAACCACUCAGUCUCAGCUACAAAUUGGUCCUUCGAGCCGGAUAGUGUCGUUACCAUGGAAACCCCCAGAAGAAGUGAUCCAGGCAGAACAACCCCCAGCCCUCGCCCUCAGAGGACAACCUUCAGACCUUCUCAUCUCCAAGACUAUGAGGUUGAUUACGGAGAUGCGAAACAGCAACCAGCAACAUCUUCUCUCCGGCAUGAAGUACGACUGUCAAGCAGCCUCCCAUCCUUGUAUGAGAGCCCAGGCCCGUCAAACCCCUCUGCCAACCUUAUGCAGCAGAUCGUUGAGACGGCUAAACAGCAAAGUGAAACGGCGAAACAACAGAGCGAAACGGCUAAGCGUCAGACAGAGCUACUAGAACAGGUCCUGCUAAGAACCACUCCCCAGAGCUCAGCCCGUUCCUCAAGAGCAGCAUCACGGCAACAGUCACCUUGGGCGCACCUCCAAAAGUCAGUAAGCAGAAUGCAGCCAGCCCUCGAUGAUUGCCGUACCCCUAAAAGACUUGAGGAUACCCAGGCCCCAGCUCAACACUCUCCUCCCUUAGCCGCAGAAGAGCAGCCUAGCCCCAAGCCAAACUACCAGCCGAGUAGACAACUGUAUCCAUCACCACCUCCACUUAACCGUACAACACCAUUCAACCAGUCUGCCAGCUUCAUGCCAUUCCGUCCCAUUCCACUAAUUCCUAAAGACCACCAGCAGUCAUACACCCUGCAGCACUGUGACCCCCAAGCUCAAUCACAGGACUAUACUAACCAAGUACUUUCAGUUCCUUUGAGCCAACCCAUCGACCCAACCCAACUUAACCCUGCACAUAACUUUACACCUAUUAAACAAGAUACAGUUAUCGAUCGCCAUGUCUCUCCUCCCGUUGCAGAUCUCCAGCUCAAACCAAAAACAUCAUGGUACGUUCCACCCCAUCCACUCAACCAUGUUGAAGGGCCAACAUUUCCAGACUUCACGAGAGAGGAUCGCGCACAGUACGUAGAGCUUCGCCUGUCCCUUAACAACCUCCUACACCAGAGCCAAUCUGAACAGUACAAGUAUGCUCUACUGCUGAAGCACGUUAAAACCCCAAAUGCACAUCGGCUUGUUCUUGCCCAUGCUGAGUCAUCCACCCCUUAUACCAAUGCAUUACAGGCACUAGACAGAAGGUAUGGGCGGCCCUAUCAGUUUGUUCUAAAGGAAAUCGAGACCCUGGAGAACUUGCCUCCCAUUCGUGCAGGAGAUGAGCGGGCUCUGGAUGACUUCUCACUGCGUGUACAGGCCAUAGUAGGCAUGCUAAAAUCCCUAAAGGAUGAUGGUGUGGAGGAGCUGCACAGCGGAUCAAAUGUGAAACGUCUACUGAAUAGACUACCUCGCUCACAGCAACAAAGAUUCAGGAGGCAUCAAAUCAGGAAGAACCCCAACCAAGUUAAAACAUCUCUGCUAGAGUUCGCAGAAUGGCUGCAGUUAGAGGCCGACUGUCUGGAAUUUGACCCCACAGACCAAGCUUUCCAGGCCAGAAAGGAGCAGAAACCUCGACCCAUAAUUCGACAAGCCACUGUCAUGUAUGGAGCAGAGCACCCUCAAGUUAAGACCACCCCAGCUGCUCCUCCACCAAAGGUAAAGGGUAAAGCUAAGAUUCACUGCCCCUACUGCGAUAGCGUAGCCCAUUACCUGAGUCAGUGCACAGACUUUGCUGCCCUUACCAGAGAUCUGGCUGUCAGUUGGAUUAAAGAGAACAAGCGAUGCUGGAGGUGUGCCCGAUCACACCUAGCUAGAGACUGCGACUUAAAGAAGCCUUGCCACCUCUGCAAAGGAAAGCACUUGUCCUCUCUCCAUGAUGUAAAUCAGCGGAGUCCAGCAGAGCCCGUGGACAGUCCCUCAGAGAGUGCCACCCUCUACACCUCUAACUCAGAGACUCUGUACCUAGACCAGUCACGCUGUGGUGGAAAGGUCUUCCUCAAGGUCGUCAAGGUUACCCUUCAUCAAGAGAAUAGAGCAUUCGAGACGCAUGCUAUUCUUGAUGAUGGCUCAGAGCGAACCAUCCUGCUCUCCAGCGCCGCACAGCAUCUGGGACUGCGAGGAACGACUGAGGCUCUGAAACUGCGGACAGUGCACCAAGACAUCAAGACAGUGCAUGGAGCCUCUGUCUCUUUCUCUAUCUCUCCAGCUGACAAGCCACACAAGAAAUUUCAUAUCCAAGAUGCCUUCACCGCCAACCACCUUGGCCUAGCAGAGUAUACAUACUCACUGUCAGCUUUGCAGCAGAAAUACAGACACCUAGAAGGUCUGUCAAUACCUUCCCUCCACAAAGUCCGCCCCACACUGCUCAUCGGCUCAGACCACCCAGAGCUAAUUGUUCCCAUCGAGCCAGUUCGGCUUGGCCCACCAGGAGGUCCAGCUGCAGUUAAAACUUGCCUAGGUUGGACCUUGCAAGGGCCUUCAAAACACCUGCAGGAUCAACUGUCAGCCUCUCAGUGCCUGUUCACCUCUGCUUCCCCAAAGACAGAUCUGUACCACCAAGUAGAGAGGUUAUGGCAGUUGGACACCCUACCCUUUCGUAGUGAGAAGGUGGUCACAAGGUCAAAACAGGAUCAGGAAGCAGUCGACAUGCUAGACAGAAGCACGGUUAGGGUGGAGAUAAAUGGCAUACAUCGCUACGCGACACCACUCCUUAGAGCCAAGGAUAUGCCCAGGCUACAGGCACACAAGGAAGCCGCGAUGUCAUACCUCCGGAGCACAGAACGUCGGCUUGCCAAGGACCCUCCACUGGCCAUCACUUACAAGCAGGAGAUUGAUAAACUGGAAAGAGCUGGUUAUGCCAAGAAGCUCACUCCCCAAGAAGUCGAGCAUUCAAGCGAAUCUUGGUAUGUGCCCCACCAUAUUGUAUCUCACCAUGGCAAGCACAGGAUUGUAUUCAACUGCUCUUUCAGCUAUAAGGGCCAUAACCUCAACAAUUACCUGCUGCCUGGACCCACUCUGGGAUCCUCACUCUUAGGGGUCCUUGUUCGUUUUAGGGAACACCCUGUGGCCAUCAGUGGGGACAUAAAACAGAUGUUCCACCAGGUACGCCUCCUCCCCAGUGACCAACCCCUAUUGCGGUUCUUGUGGCGAGAUCUCCAGUCUGAGAAUCCACCUGAUGUUUAUGAAUGGCGUGUCCUCCCAUUCGGAACCACAUGCAGCCCCUGCUGCGCUACCUUUGCCCUGCAGAGGCAUAUGCUCUACUACAGUGAAACAGAGGACCGUGUUCGUCAUGCCGUGCAGAAACACUUCUACGUCGACAACUGCCUGCUGAGCACAUCCUCCCCAGAGGAAGCUAGAGACUUGGUGGACAAACUGAGAGUACUAUUGGCAUCAGGCGGGUUUGAAAUAAGGCAGUGGGCGAGCAAUGUUGCUUCAGUGGUUAGCCACCUUCCUGCCGAGGCAAAAUCAGAGAGCGCAGAGUUGUGGAUUUCAGAGUCCCAAGCAGAUCCCCAAGAACAUGCUCUUGGAUUAAGCUGGCAUUGUUCACCAGACACUCUUCAGUACCAGCACCGAUCGUCUCCCCUCCAAGAUGUGACGAUGCGCAACAUCUAUCGCACUCUCGCAAGUCAGUAUGAUCCCAUUGGAUAUAUACUUCCCUUUACCACAAGGGCCAAAGUCUUAGUCCAAUGCCUCUGGGCAAAGGAACGAGAAUGGGAUGAUCCCCUGCUGCCCUCUGAUCUGUUGCAAGCCUGGAAUACCUGGGAGGGGGAGUUACAGCACCUAACACAGAUCAAGCUACCACGGUGCUACACAACUCCUGACCUGGAUGGAAGUGAGGUGACAAGAGAGCUUCACGUAUUCUGUGACGCGUCAGAGGUUGCGUAUGGGUCAGUGGCCUACCUCCGUACUGAGGACCGUCAGGGGAAUGUUCAGGUGUCCUUCGUGCUGGCCAGAUCCCGAGUCGCUCCCAAACGUGCCCUCUCAAUGCCAAGGCUCGAGCUUUGUGCUGCCCUCACUGGAGCACAGUUGUCUAGAUUACUCCACAAUGAGCUCACCCUGGAAAUCAAGAAUACAGUCCUGUGGUCUGACUCAUCCACUGUGCUCAUGUGGCUUCAGUCUGAAUCAUGCAGAUUCAAAGUGUUCGUGGGGAACAGGAUUGCCGAGAUUCAUGAGUUGACUGAGGGUCUCUGUUGGAGGUAUGUGGAUUCUGGGAGUAACCCUGCUGAUGACAUUACGCGGGGGAAGACCCUCCUUGAGCUGGCGAGGCCGAAUAGAUGGAGUCAGGGUCCACCCUUCCUUUACCAGGUCCCGGAGUCUUGGCCUACGCUUCCAGCCCCAACAAUUGAGGGAGACACAGAAGAGUUCCGCAAACCUAAGUUUUGUGGCCUCACCACCACUGGCCCUUCUGCAGUCGACGCAACCCAGUACGCCUCCUUCAAAGACCUGGUGGAAGCUAACUGCAGAUCCCUAGACGGGGUGGCUCAGCCGCCUGACUGUCCCUCUGCUGCUGAUUACCAACUUGCCGAAACCACCAUACUGCGACAGGCUCAAAUAGACUGCUUCCCUGAGGAGUACAAGGCUCUUGAGACGAGCAAGCCCAUCUCAUCAGGUAGUUGUCUCAUUACCUUGUCCCCAGAAUUUGACUCUAGUAUGAGAGUAAUCCGCGUAGGAGGUCGACUCCGUCAAGUGGAAGGUCUUAGUUCCGACGCAGUGCACCCGAUAGUGUUGCACCCAAAGCACCCAAGGCAGGGAAGCAGUACGCCGUCAUCAACACCAGUGUCCUCAGUGUCAAAAAUGGAGAGCUAA